AUGGCCCCGUGGCCCGCACCUCCUCCGCCUCUGCCUCCGCCUCCACCACUCGCCGCGCCGCCGCCGCCCGGCGCCUCUGCUAAGGGGCCGCCAGCGCGCAAGCUGCUUUUUAUGUGCACCUUGUCCCUGUCUGUCACCUACCUGUGCUACAGCCUCCUGGGCGGCUCGGGCUCCCUGCAAUUCCCCCUGGCGCUACAGGAGCCGCCAGGCGCCGCCGCCGAGACCCCGCCGAGCCCGCCGCCACCCUCUCUGCCGCCUCCCCCCGUGCGCCCCGGCGCCCCCUCGCCGCCGCCCGCGCCGCCGCCACCGGACAACGCGAGCCACAGGGAGCCGCCCGAGCCCCCUGAACAGCCUGCCGCGCCCGGGGCCGACGGCUGGGGACUGGCGAGCGGCGGCGGCGGCGGCGGCAGCGCCCGGGACGCCUGGCUCCGGAGCCCGCUGGCCCCCGGCGAGAUGAUCACCACGCAGAGUGCGCUGCUGGAGAGAGAAGCGCAGGAGUCCAGCACCACCGACGAGGACCUCGCAGGCCGGAGGGCGGCCAACGGGAGCAGCGAGAGGGGCGGCGCCGUUAGCACCCCGGACUACGGGGAAAAGAAGCUGCCCCAGGCGCUCAUCAUUGGGGUGAAGAAAGGAGGGACCCGCGCGCUGCUGGAGGCGAUCCGAGUGCACCCGGACGUGCGGGCGGUGGGCGUGGAACCGCACUUCUUCGACAGGAACUACGAGAAGGGGCUGGAGUGGUACAGAAAUGUGAUGCCGAAGACUUUGGAGGGACAGAUAACCAUGGAAAAAACCCCAAGUUACUUUGUGACCAACGAGGCCCCCAGGCGCAUUCACUCCAUGGCCAAGGACAUCAAGCUGAUCGUGGUGGUGAGAAACCCCGUGACCAGGGCCAUUUCUGACUACACCCAGACACUGUCAAAGAAGCCCGAGAUCCCGACCUUUGAGGUGCUGGCGUUUAAAAACCGGACCCUAGGGCUGAUAGACGCCUCGUGGAGCGCCAUCCGCAUCGGGAUCUACGCGCUGCACCUGGAGAACUGGCUGCAGUACUUCCCGCUCUCGCAGAUCCUCUUUGUCAGUGGGGAGCGGCUCAUAGUGGACCCCGCUGGGGAAAUGGCCAAAGUACAGGAUUUUCUAGGCCUCAAGCGCGUGGUGACUGAGAAACAUUUUUAUUUCAACAAAACCAAGGGAUUCCCUUGCCUAAAGAAGCCAGAAGACAGCAGCGCACCCAGGUGUUUAGGCAAGAGCAAAGGUCGGACUCAUCCCCGCAUUGACCCAGAUGUCAUCCACAGACUGAGGAAAUUCUACAAACCCUUCAACAUGAUGUUUUACCAAAUGACUGGUCAAGAUUUCCAGUGGGAACAGGAGGAGGGUGACAAAUGA